GGUCCGGGUUCGCUUGCCUCGUCAGCGUCCGCGUUUUUCCCGGCCCCCCCCAACCCCCCCGGACAGGACCCCCUUGAGCUCGUCCCUCAGCUGCCACCAUGAGCGACCAAGAUCACUCCAUGGAUGAAAUGACAGCUGUGGUGAAGAUUGAGAAAGGAGUUGGUGGCAAUAAUGGGGGCAAUGGUAAUGGUGGUGGUGGCUUUUCUCAGGCUCGAAGCAGCAGCACAGGCAGCAGCAGCAGUGGAGGAGGAGGAGGACAGGAAUCACAGCCAUCCCCUUUGGCUCUAUUGGCAGCAACUUGCAGCAGAAUUGAAUCACCCAAUGAAAACAGCAACAAUUCCCAGGGUCCAAGCCAGUCAGGGGGCACAGGUGAGCUUGACCUCACAGCUACACAACUCUCACAGGGUGCCAAUGGCUGGCAGAUCAUCUCUUCCUCCUCUGGGGCUACUCCUACCUCAAAGGAACAGAGUGGCAACAGUACCAAUGGCAGCAAUGGCAGUGAGUCUUCCAAGAAUCGUACCGUCUCUGGUGGGCAGUAUGUUGUGGCUGCCACCUCCAACUUACAGAACCAGCAAGUCUUGACAGGAUUACCUGGUGUAAUGCCUAAUAUUCAGUAUCAAGUAAUCCCACAGUUCCAGACGGUUGAUGGGCAACAGCUGCAAUUCGCUGCCACUGGGGCCCAAGUGCAGCAGGAUGGUUCUGGUCAAAUACAGAUCAUACCAGGUGCAAACCAACAGAUCAUCACAAAUCGAGGAAGUGGAGGCAACAUCAUUGCUGCUAUGCCAAAUCUACUCCAGCAAGCUGUUCCCCUUCAAGGACUGACUAAUAAUGUCCUCUCAGGACAGACUCAGUAUGUGACCAAUGUGCCGGUGGCCCUGAAUGGGAAUAUCACCUUGCUACCUGUUAACAGCGUUUCUGCAGCUACCUUGACCCCUAGCUCUCAGGCAGUCACAAUCAGCAGCUCUGGGUCCCAGGAGAGCGGCUCACAGCCUGUCACCUCAGGGACUGCCAUUAGUUCUGCCAGUUUGGUAUCGUCACAAGCUAGUUCCAGCUCCUUUUUCACCAAUGCCAAUAGCUAUUCAACAACUACUACCACCAGCAACAUGGGAAUUAUGAACUUUACCACCAGCGGAUCAGCAGGGACCAACUCUCAAGGCCAGACACCCCAGAGGGUCAGUGGGCUACAGGGAUCUGAUGCUCUGAACAUCCAGCAGAACCAGACAUCUGGAGGUUCACUGCAAGCAAGUCAGCAAAAAGAGGGAGAGCAAAACCAGCAGUCACAGCAACAACAAAUUCUUAUCCAGCCUCAGCUAGUUCAAGGGGGACAGACCCUCCAAGCUCUUCAAGCAGCACCAUUGUCAGGGCAGACCUUUACAACUCAAGCUAUCUCCCAGGAAACCCUCCAGAACCUCCAGCUUCAGGCUGUUCCGAACUCUGGCCCCAUCAUCAUCCGGACACCAACAGUGGGGCCCAAUGGACAGGUCAGUUGGCAGACUCUUCAGCUGCAGAACCUCCAAGUUCAAAACCCACAGGCCCAGACAAUCACCUUGGCCCCAAUGCAGGGUGUUUCCCUUGGUCAGACCAGCAGCAGCAAUACCACCCUUACACCCAUAGCCUCAGCUGCCUCUAUCCCUGCGGGCACAGUCACUGUGAAUGCUGCUCAACUCUCCUCCAUGCCUGGCCUCCAGACUAUUAACCUCAGUGCUUUGGGUGCUUCAGGAAUCCAGGUGCACCAGCUUCCAAGCCUGCCAUUGACUAUAGCAAAUGCCCCAGGUGAUCAUGGAGCUCAGCUUGGCCUCCAUGGGGCUGGUGGUGAUGGAAUACAUGAUGACACAGCAGGAGGAGAGGAAGGAGAGAACAGCCCAGAUCCCCAACCCCAAGCUGGUCGGAGGACCCGGAGGGAAGCAUGUACCUGCCCCUACUGUAAAGACAGUGAAGGAAGGGGCUCUGGGGAUCCUGGCAAAAAGAAACAGCACAUUUGCCAUAUUCAAGGCUGUGGCAAAGUAUAUGGCAAGACCUCACACCUACGGGCACACUUGCGCUGGCACACAGGCGAGAGGCCAUUUAUGUGUACCUGGUCAUACUGUGGGAAACGCUUCACACGUUCAGAUGAGCUGCAGAGGCACAAACGCACACAUACAGGUGAGAAGAAAUUUGCCUGCCCUGAGUGUCCCAAGCGCUUCAUGAGGAGUGACCACCUGUCAAAGCAUAUCAAGACCCACCAGAAUAAGAAGGGAAGCACAGGCGUAGCCCUGAGUGUGGGCACUUUGCCCCUGGACAGUGGGGCAGGUUCAGAAGGCAGUGGUGCUGCCACUUCUUCAGCCCUUAUUACCACCAAUAUGGUAACCAUGGAGGCCAUCUGUCCAGAGGGAAUUGCCCGUCUUGCCAACAGUGGCAUAAACGUCAUGCAGGUGGCGGAUCUGCAGUCCAUUAAUAUCAGUGGCAAUGGCUUCUGAGAUCAGGCAUCCGGGGCCAGAGACAUAUGGGCCAUACCCAUUAACCCUGGGGUGCAAGGUAGCUUGGGUCCAAGAGACAUGUGGGAGAGAGAGCCAUGAGGCAUUAAAAUGCAUGGUGGUGGGAAGAAUUGAGGGAGGGAUACAAGAGAAGAGAUGGGGUCCUGUCACUCACCUAUAUCAGUACCUCCUUGAAGUGGGAAAUAUUAGUGAAAAUUCUGUGCGUGCCACCCUUUGAUGAGCAUUUGUUUGACCCCAGUUUCUUCUUCCAUUUCUUACCCCAGCCUCUCUGCCCUGCGUUUCCCUUCUCAGCUCCCUCAUGAUGGAUUCCCCCCCUUUCCUAAAGCCAUCAUGCCUUGAUAAAUAUAUAUGAUCAUUGAAAUACUUUUUAACAAAA